AUAUAUUUGACAAUUGACCGUUUUGAAGUUUCUUCUGACGUUCAAUCAAAUCCAAAAAAAAAUUGGAUACAAACAUUACAUUGAUGUGUGUGGGUUAAUAAUUGUACCGACUAACUUUGUCUAUUUUAUUGUUAGAGGCAGCUAAGGCGAAGAUCGAAUUAGUUUCAAAGAUACUCCCAAAAUGAAACCCACAGUUGCUGCAGACGAAAUGUUUCCCGAAGGUGUCGGACCUUACAUGGAUCUGGAAGAGGCUGGCGGUCCAUCCAAUCUUCUAAUGGAUUUAGCCGCAAAUGAAAAAGCAGUCCAUGCAGACUUCUUUAAUGAUUUUGAAGACUUAUUUGAUGAUGAUGAUCUUAAGUAAUUACACCUGGCAGAAAAUUAGGAAAAAAUAAAUAAUUCAGAACUUAUGUUUAUUAGGUUUAAACAGCAAAUAUAAAUUUAUCAAAUUAAAAA